AGUGUAGAGUUUCGUCCAGUUUUUUUUGUUGUUUUUUUUUGUUUAAUGAAUUAUUUUUUAGUUGUUCAUCUUAAGAUGGCUCUGUCUAGGUCUUAAAUUUUACUGCGCAAUUAUCAGUAAUGUUUUUGUGAGCAAAAAGCAUAGAAGUGAACUGAAUUAUUCUUCUACAAGAUACAUUGUUUACUUAGUGGUAUAUGUUACACGUGGUUCCAAUUUCUUUGAUAUGAGUUCUUUUCACAUUAGUUGCCAUGGUUACAUUUCACCCAUAGACACAGUUUAGGUGGAUUAUUUGCGUUUUUGUAUAAGGAUAAUUACGCUCUAUAAAAGCAGAGGUUAAAAGAAAUCAUGACAUCUAAUCAAGACAUGUUAGUUAGAGACAUGGGUCACCUGCAAAUCUCAAACUAUGCUCCUCAGCAGUAUUCUCCUGGAAGUAAAAAAGUAGCUCCCGUCGUUCCACCCAAACCAAAAUCAGAAAUGUAUGGAUCUAUAACACCCAAGACAAAUGGGAUGUAUCACACGUCUAUGCAUCCACCUCCUCAGGCAGCUUCUAGUGUAAAUACAUCAAAUAUGAGUGAUCCAAUUUAUAGCAAUUACCUACCAGAUGAUGAUUUACCACCUCCUCCACCACCUCCACCUCAAGUUUCUUAUUCUCCACCUCCUUCACAGCAGUAUCCUCCUCCACCUCCAGAUAACCUUCCAGCUCCUUCAUCCCCAGGGAGCUCUACUUACGGAACACAAGCCUAUUCAUCUUACAGGCCUAAUUCUUCAGUUAGUUCCUAUGAUACUAGUUCAAUUUAUGAGCCUAUCACUCCACGACCUCCCAGUCAAAUGAGCAAUCGUUCCAAUUACAGUAUGGGUAGCGGUAGUACUUCUUUAUAUUCCUCGUAUUAUCCGGCUUCGGGUCGUGGUAAAGGUGCACCCAAUAGACCGGGUGGUAAAGAGGUAGCUGAGGUGGACAGACUUACUGAUUUGAUGGUUCAGAGCAUGGAAAACUCAAGUGAUCCAGAAUUUUAUGGUAUGUGUUAUAAAUGUGGUGAAAAAGUAUUGGGUGAGGGUAGUGGUUGUACCGCAAUGGAACAUGUCUACCACAUAGCUUGCUUUACAUGUCAUGUAUGCUACAAAGAACUAAGAGGAAAACCCUUUUAUGCUAAAGAUGGAAAACCUUUUUGUGAAGAUGAUUAUUUGAACACAUUAGAAAAAUGCUGUGUUUGUGGAGGCAGAAUUCUUGAUCGUAUAUUACGAGCUACAGGAAAACCAUUCCAUCCUAGUUGUUUCACCUGUGUGGUUUGUGGAAAAUGUUUAGAUGGUAUUCCAUUUACAGUGGAUGCUACCAAUCAAAUUUACUGUAUAGAUGAUUUUCACAAAAAAUUCGCACCUCGGUGUUGUGUUUGCAACUUGCCGAUUAUGCCCGAACCUGGAAAGGAUGAAACUGUCAGAGUGGUUGCUCUUGAUCGCAGUUUUCAUGUUCAUUGCUACAGAUGUGAGGACUGUGGGUUAAGAUUGUCCUCGGAAGCAGAGGGAAGCUGUUAUCCAUUAGAUGACCACAUUCUAUGCCGUAGCUGCAACGCAAAGAGGGUGCAAGCACUCACUUCCUGUAUGACGACGGAAUUAUAAUUAUAGACUUUCUACCUGUCCUCCCCUUUUUUUUCAUUCCUCGGUUAAAAAAUGUUUUUUCUAUGUGGAAGGCACAAGUUUGUUCUCAAAUUGAAUCUGAAUAUACUUCCAAUGUCAAUUACUUGUGGAGAAAAAACUUUUUUCCCUUCACGCAUUUUGAUAUAUAUAUAUAUAUUUUUAAUGUUUUUGUGUUGUUAUUUUAUAAGAAAUAUUAUCUAGUCUAUUAUAUUUUACUUGGCAUAAAUAAUGAUGAUGCUUUUGUUUUCCAUUGGUUUUAUAAUUUUUAAAAGAUUGGAUCAAUAUUUUUAGAGUUUAAGAUAUUUAAUUUUGAUAGAAUGAGUUUUUUAAUGUUUAACCAUGUGAAAAAUGAUUAUUUGAUGUUUGGAAUAAAUUGUAUUAUUGAUUUUGAAAUUAUUUAAUUUUUGUAUUUCAAUGUAAAGUAUGAAUUUAUCUUUACAUAUUAAAUUAAGAUUACUCGAAUUUUUUAAAAAAAUAUUUAAAUAUAAAAAUUUCCAAUUACGAAUUACAGCUUAUCAGUGUUUAUUUUAACUUUAAAACCUUAUGUAUUUUUUUAAACUAAAAAAGCUUACAAAUACACACUAUAUUGCUUUUAGUACAUUAAAAAUUAAAAAUUUAUUUGAGGUUUAUUUAUUUAACUAGUAAGAGAAAAUUUACUACAAGAUCUUUUUUGAGGAGUAAAUAGUGACUAGAUACUGAGGUGUACUGAUAAUCGUAGCUGAUACCAGCUUUGACUAAGUAUUUGUAUUCAGCGUAUUUUGGUGUUAAAAAAUGUAGCAAUCCCCCUUAUAAAAUAACGUCGUUUGAAAAACACAUAUUUAGAUGAAAUUCCUUUUUUAAUAAGAUUGAAUUGAACAUGCACUUGAGAAAUAUUUUUGUCAAAAAAUCAUACGCAUGAUGGAUUUUAUGUUCCCUUACAUUUUACACUUUUGAGCAAUUAAGUUUUUGACGGCUGUAUAAUUAUUUAUUGAAUUGUGUACUUAUAUGUAAUUAAAAAGUUUUGGUUAUUGCAAAGGUAAAUGUUUACCUCUAGCAUUAUUCAUUUCAAUUACUAAUCUGGUAUAAAUUGUUCUAUUUCAUCGGAAUUGUGCAUGCAUCAUAAACAGUGAAACUCAAAUUAGUGAUUAUCGGAUAAUUAGGACUUUGAUUAUAAAGAGUAGGACUAAAAUUAAUUGUAGCCGGUUUGUGUAUGCUGUUGCUUUAAAAAAUUAAGAUUGUUUUCCCUUAUUUUUUUAUUGAUAGUACCUGUUAUGUUGUUAAUAUGAGUUACAUUUGAAAUGAUAAUAUUUGUCAAAAACAUAGUUUUUAUGAAUGAAUUAUAAGUAUUGUAGGAACCAUAUAAACACCAAGACUUGCAAAAUAGAUUCUGUCUAAAGAUUUGUUUCAAAAUCUACGGUUUUACUGAAUUGGUGAAAAUCAAUUUUGGGCUUACUCCCAAAUUAAUUAUUCCAACAAAAUUAAUGUAUAAAAAUUAAAUAGCUUAACCGUUUUUUCAUAAUUUCACAACCAAAUUUACAAACUUUUUUGAAUGCUGCAUAAAAGUAUUAAACAAUUUUUGUGUAAAUUCUGCCAGACUCAAAGACAGAUUUCCUCAAAAGAGAAAGCUUAUUCUAUUUUUUGCAAAAACCAACAGGAACAUUUGCCUUACCUGAUUUUUUUUUUUAAGAUUCCCUUGCAAACAAUAUUAGUUUCAUAUGGCAUUCAAGGAUGUAUAUGUUUGUACAUAUAAUUUGAUUGAUAAUUAGGCAUGUUUAAUCUACUAAAGUAACGAUAAUAAUAAUUUAAAAAAAUUGUAAGUUAAUGUUUUUUAAAGCCCUGAAAGAGAUGAAUUUACUCCUGUAACUGCUUUAUCAAUAUUAGAAGAUUCUUUUUCUGCUAUUUUUGCUUUGUUCAAAUAAUCAAACUAGUGAUUUACAAUUUGUUACAGAUGUUAUGAGAUGAAUUUAUACUACUAAUGUUUUAAAAUAUUAUAUAUUCUUUAGGAAUGUUAAAGUACUCCCCUUCCCAAUUGCAACGCUUACACCACUGUUCUGAUAAAAACCAUUAUUCUGAUUCAAUCAAAGAUAGAAUUAAAAUUAAUAAAGUUAGAAUGUUGAUAUGUGUGUUUCACUUUUUAAAUAUGAAGUGUUUUUCAUACUCUUUGUAGAUUGCUGUCAGUAAUUUCUGCUCUCUUUGUCUGUUUGUACUUUUAAACUGAGUCUUUAAUAACUUUUGUAAAAUGUUGCAUGUGAUAUUUUAGAAUAAAAGUGUGCUCUACAAAUGAAAUAAAUGUCAAUUAACAUUUUCAUAUAAAGCUGAAUGUUGUGUCAAUAUGAAGAAAAAUCCGAAAAGCAAUCCCUAGAAACUUGAAAAGGCAUAAUUUUCAGAUAGUUUAUUGCUUAUUACGUGUUUUUGCACAUAUGUUACUUAAACGUUUAUUUAUUUUAAAAGUUUUAACUCUUUUCAAAGCUUUAAUGUGAAUCAAAUUAAAAAUUUAUAGAAAGUAUAAUCUUGGCAGUUAAAUCAAUUGAUAUUAGAUCUUUUGUUAAAUUGCUAUAUCGUAAGUUAAUUUAAAUUUUUUUUUUUUAAAUAAUUCUAUUGAUAAUAAAACUUGUACUUAUGCAUUUAACUCAUUUCUGUACAUUAUGCUUUCUAAGAAAUUUAGA